AUGGUGAAGAAGUUGAAGAAAAUGUCCAGGGAAGUGGGGUUCCUAUCUAUUAAAUACUCGGCGAGGGGUAUCAGUGAAGCGCUUUCUGUGCCAUUUGUGGCUAUAGAUCGACCGGAUUAUAGGGAUACUACACCCGUGGGUAGUGUUCCCGAAGGAUCAAGCUAUCCUGAACAAUGGGGACGAAGACUACAUGAAUCCAUUCUCCCAGCCCUUUGGAAAGAGUAUGGCUUGUCCAAUGCAUGCACAUGCAUCGUUCUUCACUGUCACAGCCUCGGAGCCAACGGCGCAAUCGUCGCAUCAUCCCUGCAUGCAACCUCAUCGCCACCUGCAUACCCCCUCGGCGGUAUCGUCAUGUCAGGCUUUGGCUCCCUGUUAAAAGACACAGGCGGUCAUGUUUCACAGCCCGAUCCUCCACCCUCGUAUUUGAACAUCCCUGUCGAAGUAAAAGACAAGACUUUGCUUCUCCCAGGAACGGCAGACGAAACUGUUUAUGCACAGUCUGAGCGUCUCGACCACGCCAUUCCGUUUGAGGAACUUGCGGCGUUGAGAAAGUCUUGGUUGGGGGAGUGGAAGGAGAAAUGGGGGGUUAAUGUUACGGUGCCAGUUAUGAUUGCUUUGGCGGAAAGGGACCAUUAUUGGGAUGCUACGGAGGAGCAUUUGGAGGAUUUUAAGCAGGGGUUCCCGAAGAGUGAGAGGGUGGAUUUGAGUGUUGUUAAAGCGGCGCCGCAUAAUAUCGAACUGAGUUAUUGGGGUCCUGGGUGGUAUGCGAGGAGUUUUGGGUUUGCCGUUGAGUGUGCGGUUUCACUGGCAUUAGAAAAGUGA